UUUAGACAUGACUGUUGGUGGACCAAAGAUCAAACUUUCCAAUGGCCUAGAGAUGCCGCAGGUCGGGCUGGGCACGUGGCAGUCAAAACCAGCUGAGGUAAAAGCAGCCGUGAAAACCGCCAUUGAAAAUGGUUAUCGACUCAUCGAUACAGCUGCGUGUUAUGAGAAUGAGAGCGCAAUAGGCGAAGCUAUCGAAGAGCUAAUCAAGAGUGGAAAGGUCAAGCGUGAAGAACUCUUUAUAACCACAAAGCUGUGGGCAACCCACCUCCACCCGGACGAUACCGAACCAGCUUUGAAAGAAUCUCUUCGUAAACUCAAACUUGACUAUGUUGAUCUGUAUCUGGCUCAUAUGCCUGGAUGCUUCAAUCACGAAAUGACAGAACAGAACAAAUCAGUGACUGUUCUUGAUAUUUGGAAGGGAUUAGAGGGAGUUCACAAGAAAGGAUUGGCCAAAGCCAUUGGUGUAUCCAAUUUCAGUGGGGAGCAAAUUGAGCGCAUUAUGAAAACCGCUACAGUACCAAUCCAUAACGUGCAGGUGGAACUUCACCUGUACUGGCCUCAGCAUGAACUUCAUGAAGUUUGCAAAAAACAUAACAUUUCGUUGACGUCUUAUGCUUCGCUGGGGUCUCCUGGACGUGUAGAAUGGACUCUCGCCAGUGGAGCCAAGCUGGAAUGGGCUCCUGCCCCGAAAGAUUUGGAAGAUCCAAAUGUCAAGAAACUGGCCGAAAAGCACAAGAAAACGCCAGCACAGAUUUUGCUUCGCUAUGUGAUAGAUCGAAAUAUUGCGGUCAUACCGAAGUCCGUGCAUGCGAACAGAAUUCAGGAGAAUUUCAAUGUAUUCGACUUUUCACUGACUCCGGAAGAGAUCAAGGAACUUGAGUCGACCCCUCAUCGUCAACGACUAUUCCUUCAGGACUUUUUGGAAGGACAUCCGGAAGAUCCGUUUGUGACGGAGAGGAAGCACUAAUGCUUGACACCAUAGAUUAUAGGUUUUUUUGCUGAUUGUAUUUGAUGGUGAAGAGGAUAUGAACAAUUAUGUACGAUUUUUUAUUUAUUGGCUGAGCCAAUUGGCCUUAUUGAUGAUAAAUUUUAAUGGAUUGAAUGCUGUUAUCCGCUGAGUCAUUUUCACUGCAGAAUAGACAUUAAUCGCC